GGCGUCCUGGCAACCGCUCCCGCUCCCGCAGCCCGGCCUGCGGCGGCCGCCCCGCUCCUGCAGCCCGGCGGGCGGGCGGAGGCCCCGCGCUGCGGGCGGACGGACAGGCAGACGGACGGACGGACGCCCCGGCUGCUUGGAGGCAGCCGCGAAGGCUCGCCAACGGCUGCUCUAGCGGUGGCAGCGCGUUAAGGAGCGGGGCUCAGCCGGCCGCUGGGAUGCAGGGAAAGAUGGGCAGCGCUGUCCUGCCCUGAUCCAGCACGGACAUAUAUUAUUGACCAGAAAAUGGCCCAGCGAAGCCCAAUCUUCCCAACUCUUGCCCCUUCUGAAAGACGGGUUCGAAACAUAGCACUGCAUAGCCAGGCACUGACAGCGGUCCCGUUGGCAUCUGCGACCCUGGUGGAUCAGCUGGAAGACAGAAUCCUAAGCCAUGAGAAAACAACGGCGGCUCUUGUGGAACACGCUUUUCGCAUUAAGGAGGACAUUGUUUCCACUCUGCACAGAAUGCAGAACAAAGGGGGGGGUGACCGGUUGGCUAGGCAACUCUUGGAGGAACAUAUCCGAAACAUAACGGCAAUAGUGAGGCAGCUUAAUCGGGACAUUGAGAUGCUGCAGGAACAGAUACGUGUCAGAGACAAUCUCAGCUAUGGAACAAAUUCUACCCUGAAGAGUCUGGAAAUGAGGCAGCUUUCUGGUUUAGGAGAUCUUCGGGGAAGAGUUGCAAGGUGUGAUGCUGGGUUAGCCAGACUGUCUGCAGAACAUAAAAUUACCUAUGAAAGACUUCAGAGCUUAAGUAAAGACCAACAGACCUCCAAACUUAUCUUGGAAUCUAAAAUCAAAGAAGCAGAAAUACAGAUUUCUCAUCUUCUGAGCAGAGUAGAGCAAUCAAUAAUGCAGCAAGAAGCAAAGCUGAAGAUUGCCUACAAAGAGAGCAACCAACAGCUCCACCUUCUGGAUAUAAAAUUAAAAAAUGCUAUUGAAGAACUCAGCAGCCAGAUUUUGUCUGCACGUAGCUGGUUGGAACAGGAACACGAAAGGAUUGAAAAAGAGCUUGUGCAAAAGAUUGACCAACUCUCAUCUACUUUCAAGGAAAAAACUGAAAUGAGUGAAAGAGCUAUAGAGAUGAAAUUCAACCAAAUGGCAGAGAAAAUUGACAAAAUAGAGGAAAUACAGAAGAUAACCAUGGAAGCACAUGAAGCAAAACAGACUGAAGAAAAGAUAAAUAUUCGCAUUGGCAAACUUCAAAAUGAGAUAAAUGAAGAUAUAAAAGAAAUGAAAGCUGAAGUUAAUGCUGGAUUUGCAGCUAUCUAUGAGAGCAUUGGGUCUCUACGGCAAGUUCUAGAAGCGAAAAUGAAGCUGGACAGAGAUGAACUACAGAAGCAGAUCCACCAACUGAAGCAGGAGGUUCCAACAUGGGGAGAGGCUGGACCAUGACCGCAAGAUUUUGGCCGAGAGAUUAAUGUUCACCUGGCUAAAUAGGCAGACUGCAAUCUUGUUCCAGUCUGUAAUCCAAAUUAAGUGCAUGUACCAAACGACAUGCCACUGUUGCACAGGUCCGUAUGUUUACUCAAAGCGGUAAGUGCAAGCUCUUUAUAGACCAGCUGACAACAAGCUUUUAGGCAUGAGGUGUUGAUUUGCCACUGCACUACUCUAGUUGUUCUCAGGAGAUUAAGCACCAUGUGAAACUGGAGUAAUAUAUUGGUGAAGCUGGCACCUGAUUUGCUAAAGGCAUUCCAGUUUCACAGGCUUGAUCAGACAAGUAUACGCUUAUAUACGUUUAAGCACCUGCACAACCCCUUUAGAAAAGAAAAAUAAAAAAGCCCAAAACAAACAACAAAACCUCCCCAACAAACAAGUUGAUACAAAUUGUUUGACAUCAGGCUGGCAAGAUGCUCCACCUUGAGACAAAUCACUUGAGUGAAGUCAAUGACAUUUCCCUGCCACUGACUUCCUGGGGAGACAGAAUUAGCACAAAACAGACCAAUUUUUAUAACCCAGAUACCAACAGAAAAAAAAUAAUCUUUGUUUGGUUUUGCAAAUAUCCUCUGUGUGUGUAAACCAAGUAGUGUUAUAUAAUGUAGUUGUAGAAGAUGAUUCAUCAACAACAUAAGAAACUUAACUUGUGUGGUCUUGUAUUGUAAUAGCUUUAAAUUAAUAGCCAAGUGGAGCUGAGACAGGGUAAAAGAUGUACAUAUGAGUAUUUUAUAACUGGGCAUGUGUUCCUGUGACUUGUUUCAUUAUAACUUUGAAAGGUUUGAACACAAAAGAGAAGGUGAUAAUCUAACAGUCUGGAGAGUGUAAUGUAACAUAAAAUGCAGUUUAUGAUCUGCUUAGAAAUUUUCCAUGGAGUGAAACAACAGAUUCUUCAGUUUUAAGUAGACUUUAAUAAUUCAGUAGAUUCAAACUGCUAUUUGUCUUCACAGUAUUUCCAAAUAAUAAUGGUGCUUAUUUCCAUUCUCAGAACAGAUUACAUAAUGAAAAUCAGCACCCAUAUAGCAUACAUAUUAAUCUAGACAGGAAAAUCUAUAUAUGUUGAUUUUGUAUCUUCAUUCGUAGCUUGAUAGUGUUCCUCAUGUUUGUAAAUCAGGCAAGAUUAAGCACUCGUGAAGAACAAAAGACUUAAUCCAGUACCUUAUUAAUUCAUACUAUUAACAACAACUCAUAUACAAAAAAUACUUUGAAUUUACACAAGCAUUACUGUUAAAGUAAAUAAAUUAUUAGGAUGUUUCUGCACUGUC